UAAAGGCCGUUUUUUUCGUCCUUUUUAAUUAGAUGCUGCUCGAUCAUUUUAUUCGUAUGUGCUGACAUGGAGCCAGCAUCGUUUGAGCGAGUGUCUCCCCCUCCCCCUUUUGCCCACGGACACUAUUGCUACAUCGCAUGGAGAGAGUGAGAGAGAGAGCAAUAGGCAGCGCCAGUGAAAGGAGCCACAGAGAUUUUUAAAAACAGUAGCCACCACAGACAAAGGAAAACAUGGACGCACGCAGGACGAUUCUCUUUAAACAGGCAGCAGAAGGGAUGCGGUGGUUGUCCCGCACAUAGUCGGAGUUGUGCCCGAUUUAUUCCCUCUUUUUUUAAUGAGGCUGGUGGGCUCGCAGAGCGAACUGAGAGGGCGGAAAGAUUUAUCCAACCCGUCUGCAAAGUCCGCCUGCCUGCGAUGGCUGUAACGGCGCGAUGCUGUUAUAGUGUGAACGAGAAUGUGCCUUUUUAUUUAUAUUUUUUUAUUUUCGUACUCGGUGGCCUUACAAAUGCACAGAUUCGAUACUCCAUUCCAGAGGAGCUGGAGAACGGGGCAAUGGUCGGGGACGUUGUUCGAGAUUUGGGGCUGGACCUGAGAAAACUUUCCACGCGACGAAUGAGAAUCACAUCGGACCGUGCGCGGAGAUAUUUCACCAUAAAUCACAAAACCGGGAAGCUGGUGGUGAGUGACCGCAUUGACCGAGAGACAAUUUGCCAGUUCAGUGGCACGUGUUCACGCAGCCUAGAGGUGGUUUUAGAGAACCCGCUGGAGGUGCACAACGUGGAGGUGGAGAUUUUGGACGUGAACGAUAACGUGCCACAAUUCCCUCGAGAUGAAUAUCAGCUUGAGGUGUCGGAGUCUGCUCUCACUGGGUCACGCUUUCACAUUGAGGGAGCUCAGGACGCAGAUGACGGCUCCAACUCUGUGAAGCAGUACCGCCUGAGCCCAAACGAUCAUCUCGGCCUGGAUUUGAUUAAGCCCUUUUCCAACGAUAAGCACAUUGAGUUUAUUCUCAAAAAGCCCUUUGACCGCGAGGAUAUGCCCUCACAUCAGCUUAUCCUGACAGCAGUAGAUGGAGGGACCCCACAGCGAACUGGCACGGCCAAAAUCAAUGUACGGAUCCUCGAUGCCAAUGACAAUGUGCCUAAGUUUGACAGCUCGGUGUACAAAGUUAAACAGUCCGAAAACUCCCCAAAGGGCGCUCUUGUGAUUAAGUUAAAUGCGACAGACCCCGACGAGGGCUCAAAUGGGGAUGUUUUUUACUCCUUCAGCAGCUACACACCAGAAAGAGUGAGACAGAUGUUUUCCAUGGACACAGAAACGGGGGAAAUUAGGGUGAAAAACAAUAUUGACUAUGAGGAGACCAACUCAUAUGAAAUGUACAUACAAGCAAUGGACAAAGGGUCCGCUCCUGUUGCAGUUCACUGUAAAGUAGUCGUAGAAGUUUUGGACGUGAAUGACAACAUUCCUGAGAUUGUACUGUCUUCGCUUUCCAGCCCAGUACGAGAAGAUGCCCGAGCAGACACAGUUGUAGCAUUGAUCAGUGUGAAUGACCGAGACUCUGGACCAAACAAACAAGUUACACUGGAGAUCAUGCCCCAUUUGCCUUUCAAGAUCAAAUCUUUCCGUAACCACUACACCAUCGUCACAUCCGCUUUCCUGGACCGGGAAACCAUCAUGUCCUACAAUGUCACUGUCAAUGCUGUGGAUGGAGGCACCCCACCCCUGUCAUCUCAAAUGACCUUUAAAGUGGACGUUGCAGACGUGAAUGACAACCCACCGCGUUUUGAACAAACAUCAUAUACUGUCUACAUAACAGAGAACAAUGCUCCCGGAGCACCUCUGUGUGUUGUUAAGGCCACGGACGCCGAUGCUGCAGACAAUGCGCGCAUCACCUAUACUAUCCUGAAUGACAACAACCACGGUAUCCCUGUAGCCAGCUACGUCAGCAUCAAACCUGACAAAGGUCAGGCCUAUGCCCUGCGAGCCUUCGACUUUGAGAAGCUGAGAGAAUUUCACUUUCAGGUCAAAGCCCAGGACAAUGGUGUGCCUCCCCUCAGCCGUGUGGCCACAGUGUAUGUUUACAUCAUGGAUCAGAAUGACCACGUGCCAAGAAUAGUCUACCCACCUGCUAAUGGGAGCCGCACCAUAGAGACUCUCAUGAAAAAUGCGGAAGCAGGCGUGUUGGUUAGCAAGGUGAGGGCGUGGGAUGGCGAUGCAGGCCAGAAUGCCUGGCUGCUCUUUGCCCUGGAGCAGACCAACGCAGACCUCAACCUGUUCAAGGUGCAUGAGUACACGGGGGAGAUCCGCACCACCAGGCGCGUCAUUGAGGAGAACUGCACCUCCUUCCUCCUUUCAGUGCUGGUGCACGAUAACGGCUUGCCACCACUCUCCUCCACGGCCACCAUCCAUGUGCACGUGAUGGAGCUUCCGCCCAAGUUGACCCCUGAUCCCAAGCGCAUCAUCAGGCCCAACAGUCCACUCAUGUUUUCCAAUGUUACACUAUACCUCAUCAUUGCCCUGAGUGCCACGACAUUCGUGUUCCUAGUCACCGUCUUUGUUCUGGCCAUUGUACGUUGCCAUGCCUACUGCACCCAGCCAGGCUCCUGUUCUCCGUGUUGUGUAUCCAAGAAGAAUGCUCCAGAGGGGGGCCCCUCAGCUGCCAGCGGUGCAGGUGGAGGAAGAGCUGCACCUGUAGGAGGCGGAGGUGGAGGGCAGCCAAAUGAAAAUGUAGCCUUGCGCCGUGACCUCAAAGUGGAACCCCAUUAUAUUGAAGUGCGGGGAAAUGGGUCUUUGACCAAAACAUACUGCUACAAGACGUGCCUGACUGCCACAUCAGGAAGUGACACUUUCAUGUUCUACAACACGGGACGUCCGCACAGUGGCACCUGGGGCUCGGGGUACGUCACCAGCCACAGCGGACAGAGCCAGUUGUUUGUACGGCGUCUCAGUAUGCCAGAUGCCACUGCCAUUCAGCCUAAAGGGCCAAGUGGCGACUGGAGAUAUUCAGCCUCCCUGAGAGCAGGAGGUGUAAUGCAGAGCUCAGUGCACAUGGAAGAGUCCUCAGUAAUGCAAGGAGCCCAAGGUGUCCUCGUUCAGAACUGGCCCACUGCAUCCAGCGCCGCUGAUGCUGAAGGAGGAGAGGUGUCCCCCCCAAUGGGUGCCGGAGUAGACAGCAACAGCUGGCACUUUCGCUAUGGCCCCGGCGGUCCUGGUGCACCCCCUCAACACCUGAAACCUGGCGAUGUUCCCCCCGAAGCCUUCAUCAUCCCGGGCUCACCCGCCAUAAUAUCCAUCAGACAGAACCAGGGAGGAGAGGACGACAAGAGCGAUUUCAUCACCUUUGGAAAGAAAGAGGAGGCCAAGAAGAAGAAGAAGAAGAAGAAGGAGAAGAAAGACAAGAAGGAUAAGGGGAAGGAUGACGGAGAUGAGUAGAGGAUCGGAAAGAAGAAACAGCUAAGAAAAGGGCGUUGUUAAAACAGAGGUACCAACCAAAGUCCACUGGGCAGGAAGAAAAUGUGAAAACUAUUUCAUUUUAUUACGUUUUUUCACUUAUAAUAUUUUGAAAAUACUAGCCUUACCAAUAUGUAUUUAAACUUCAGUCUAUUACUGAGGUAAAUUAUUUAUCUUGCCUUGAUAAAUAUUAAAAUGAUUGAUUUUACUCCUCGCCCUUUUGUGCCUAGUCACCCUUAGUCUACUCAUGUCAGUGGUUUCCAGUAAUAGACAAACACUCUUUGCCCCAGUCUUGAAUAAUAUUUCCUCUAACCCAUUGGGCACGUUGGCACCUCUGUUUUACCCCCUGCCCAAAUGAUGUGUAAACCGUUCUCUCUGAGGACAACAAAAAGCUCUGUGCCAGCGGAGGAAAAGAAGAUCGAUGACAAAGAAGAUUGAGACGGAUGCAUGCCAUCUGGCGCUGGACACGUACUACUUGUAAAUAGCACAGGAGUCACUGAAACUAAGGCUUACAUGACACUGCUGCAGAUUCCUCCGAUAAUUACCAACAGUGUUUCCUAAGAUCUCAAUGAAAUCACACAUACGCAUGCUCACACAUUCAAACAUGCAAAGACAAAUACACAUAUUUACCAUGACUUAAUAGACACAGAGCGCACUUGAGAUCUAGGGAGAAGAUGAAAAAUUCAAAAGGAGACAAAAUCAACUGACGUCAAAGAAAUGUGCUCAAAACUAGACACUGCAAGCGUUUUGUCCUGCACCGUCACCUAUGUGGUGCGCAUGUGUACAUCAGCUCUCUCAGGAUGGAAGCAGCAUCCUUUGCAACCACUCUGUUUUUGCUCACUGCAUUCGAAGGACAUAGAACUUCAUCUCUUACCAGAACCCCAGCUGAGGAAUGCAGAAGGCACUGGAAAGAUGGAGACAUAGGAGGAUGCCUCAUGUUCUCCGAAGGAUUACAGAGGGGAGAGUCCCGCGAAGGUAACAUGUGACUCCGCUUUCAGUCAGUGGACUCUGAUGAUAACCUUACAGAAUAUAAGGAGAGUCUUGAGAUUUUUAUAACACCGUCUCUUCUCCCCCUGCCGCAGCAAAAGCCUAAUGCUUUCUGCUUUGAAUGUUUGGUAGCAACCAGUCCUUACCUGAUUCCUUGAGUUUACUACUGCUCACUUGCUUGCAUUUCCCCCAAGCUGCCACGAGCCGUCCUCUCCCCCCCCAACAACUCUUUGUGUGACGAUAAUGUUUCAGAACUGGUUCUGUUGUUCAUUCAUUCUUUAAAGAGAUUCCCCGUUACACGCUCCUGCAUUUUUUGUUCUUUUCUUCCUUCCAGUUUCUUCAGCUGCUUUUUGAGUGUCAUGCCCACCCCCCUUUUCCCCUCAGACACGGUCCCUGAGCCCUGCUCAGGAUCGAUCCUGGGAAUGGCCUGCUCUGAACAUUGUGGUGUGCUGAGAACAGCAUGGAGUAAUGUGGAUGAGGCCUGGGUAAGCCAAGCCGGGGGUCUACACCCUGAACUCUUAUCAGAUGUCUCUCAAAGUGCAUAACGGUUCAGUGCUUUUAACUUGCGUACACUGUUAAUUUCCUUUGUGUAGCCACUGUUGAGGGGGGACCGGGUAUGAGGAAGCAGAUUACAACAGUGGAGGCCUGGGAUAAAGUGAGGAGUAAGGUGCCGUGGGCUGGCCCUCCAUCUCCGUGUACAAGAGAAGAAGGUGGUUCUCCAAAUUGAUUGUUUAGAAUCGUUGAGUCACAUAUUAGCUUUUAUCUACGCUGUAAAUGCAGCGUACCCUUUUCUUAGAUUGUCUCUACAUUAGUAAAUGGAAAUAUGCUUAAUAUCCGGGCAUCCAGGGAUUCCCAUCCCACAGAUAUAUCCCACCAAUCUUCUCACAGGAGGUUUUGAAGAAGGGGCACACUCAUGCCUCAAGGCCUGCUUCUGUUGGUACCCCUCCGCUGCCUGUAACUUGUUGCCACGUCCCCGAAGUUUUGCGGCUCAGUGUGACGUCACUCCAUUAUGUGGCUGCUGCAUGUACUGCUCUAAGGAAACACAUACUAUAUAGAGAAAUAUAUAUAUAAAUAGAUAGAUGGCUAUGAUUUUAUUAUUUUGUAUCAUUGUUUUUCUUCAUUUCUCGCACAGAAGAUAUUUGUAUGUACUUCUGUCUCUGUCGAACAUCUAUGUACUACAAUCAUCGUGCUCCACAGAUGUUGUACGGCAUCCACGAAACCUCUUACGCUCUUUGUAAAUGCUUUAGUGUGAUACCUUUCACCGCAAGUUAAUCAUUUUUAUUUUACCACUAUGAUUUUGGUUUUUGAAAACAACAAAGCAAGAAAAAAAAAAUCUCUCCUUGUCCAGCUUUGACAUGACGAUCUUACUAACACUGUAAUAUUGUAACUGAAAUAUGUAUGAUCCUAUGAUGAGCUAUCACUUCCCUUUCACUCUUAAAAUAAUGAAAAAUGACUAAAAAAAAUAUUCCAUUGUAUAAAAAGAUAUAUGUAGUGUAUGCUUGUGUUUAGUGAGCGUUCAUGCUGUCAUUCUUUCCCAAUGUAUGGUGGUGAACUAUGGUGGCAAUGUGCGGUCCUAAAAGGACCAGCCCAGAUCUGUUGUGAAACCCUUUUUGUAAACCCGCUCAUCAACUGUGACAGUGAAGUAGUGAAUUUCAUUUGUUCUUUUAUUAUUGUUUUUUAUUUUACCUGAAUGGAUACAGUGGUAAUGUGUUUUGUUUAUAAAUCACUAAUAAAGUUUUCUUUCUUAAAAUAAAUGCGAA